CGGCGGCUUCAGCAGAUCUCACUGAGCAUGUUCAGAUCACUCCAGCAUGCUCAGUAACAGCCAGCAAAGUUGCCAACUGGGGAAAGCAGGAAGAGUUUGUGACACUGAUCAGUAUUGCGCUGCAUAAAGGAAGAGGCCAGAAAAAACAUUGGUGAUCCCAACAGCCAUGGCCUCAGCGGCUCCUGUACAGGGAAUCCAAGAGGAAACCAUGUGUCCCAUCUGCCUGGAGUAUCUAACGGACCCCGUGACCAUGGACUGUGGGCACAACUUCUGCCAGGGCUGCAUCAGUACCUACUGUGACAAAUGGGAAGGAUAUGGCCCCUUGGAGUGUCCCGUCUGCAGAGACCGGAUCCAGAAAGGGAACCUCCGGCCCAACUGGCAGCUGGGGAAUAUAGUAUGGAAAAUUAGACAACUGGAAUUAAAUCCUAGCAAAGAGAAUCUGUGUGAGACACACCAGGAGAAACUCAACCUGUUCUGCGAGGAGGACCGGGAAGCCGUGUGUGUGGCUUGUUGGAGAUCCCCACAGCACAGAUCUCACAGGGUGCUGCUCAUGGAGGACGCUGCUCAGAAAUACAAGGAUCAAAUUCAGCUCCAUUUGCAGAGCUUGAAGAAGGAGAGAGAUGAGAUCCCGGCCGUUAAACUGAGGGAGGAAAAGAGACUCCUGGAACUGCUGGCGAAAACGGAAGCCGAGAGGCAGAAGAUUGUAUCUGUAUUCAUGCAGCUGCACCAGUUUCUGGAGGACCAAGAGCGACUCCCGCUGGCCCAGUUGGAAAAGUUGGACAAGGAGAUUAGGAAGAGCCAGGAUGAAAACACCACCAGAGAGUCCAAGGAGAUACCCCGUCUCAGCGAGCUGAUCGGCGAGAUGGAGGAGACGUGCCGGCAGCCGGCCAGCAAAUUCCUGCAGGACCUCAGAAGCACCUUGAGCAGGUGUGAGAAGGGGAAGUUCCAGCAGCCAGCGGAGAAGUCUUUGGAGCUGGAAAAGAGACUCGGAGAGUUGUCUCAGAAUAAUAUUGCUCUAACGGAAACUUUGAAGAAGUUCAAAGACACUCUGCCGUCUGAACGGGAGAAAAGAAGAAGGGAAUCCCUAGGAUCGCACAGACGGGUGAAUGUGACUUUGGAUCCGGACACGGCUCAUCCCGAACUCAUCAUGUCGGAGGACUGGAAAAGUGUGAGAUGGGGAUUCACAGAGGAGGAUCUACCCGACAAUCCGGAGCGAUUUGACAUUUUGCCCUGUGUGCUGGGCUGUGAGGGAUUCACCUCGGGGAGACAUUGCUGGGGGGUGGAGGUGGGGGGUGGGCGAUACUGGGCAGUGGGGGUGGCCAGAGAGUCUGUGAGGAGGAAGGGAUGGAUCAGCCAUAGCCCUAAGGACGGGAUCUGGGCUGUGGAGCGGUGUGGAGAUCAAUACCAGGCUCUUACGUCCCCUGAGACCCCCCUGCCCCUGAGCCAGGUCCCCAGCAGGAUCUGGGUUUCUCUGGACUGUGAACGGGGGCAGGUUACAUUUUUUGAUGCUGAGAACCAGGGCCCAAUCUUCACUUUCCCACCCGCCUCUUUCACUGGGGGAAGAAUGCGACCCUGGCUCCGGGUGGGGAGAUCCCAGCUCAGAUUGUGGCCCUAAGACGUGGGGGGGGGGGGGGAAUAUCCCCCCCCGGGACCCUGAAAUCAGCCUCUCUAGCCUCAGAUGUCCUCAUCUCCAUGACCCCGGCGCCUCCAUUGGAGACAAUGGAUCGUCAAACCAUAGAGAGGAAGGAGCGAUGGAGAUGGAGACGUCAGGUUUUCCCCCUAUGGACUGUGCAGCCUAUUUCUCACUGCCCUCCGUAGUCAGGAAGACUCUGAGAUCCCAACUCAGACACUGAGACACUGGGGGGAAUAGCCCACCAGGAAUUAAAAGAUGGGUUUCUUUAACCACCAUCAUCCUAGUCUCCAUGACCUUGGAGGACUCCUGUCUCCCCAUUCUCCUGGCCCCUCCUAUCUCUCACCCCCUGGAAGCUCACCCCUCUCCUUGCCAGCACUAGGGGUGAGAAGAGGGUAGGUGAAGAACCACUGAAGCUGCAGGAAGUGCAGAGGGGCUCUGAGGGACAGGGGCCGAUGUGGGGGUUGCAAGGCAGUGUGGGGCAGAAUUGCACGAGUGCAAACCUCAAGCGAUCAACAAUUGUGAGAUGCCCUAUAAAGCAUGAGUUUUUAAUAAACAUAUGUUUUUUCUUC